AGUGAGGGAAAGCUUAGUGUUUGUUAGAAGUACUACACACUUAUACAUACUGCUUUGCCAUUUUUAUCAUGGCGAUUUCUUUUUGACAUUUGACUACAACUGGGCGCACGUGUUUUUCGGGCUAAGCUCUGUGCUAAAUUAUAGUAAAAUCAAAAUGAAUCCGGAGAAGCUUAAGAAGUUGCAGGCACAGGUGCGCAUUGGCGGCAAGGGAACCCCACGCCGCAAGAAGAAGAUCGUGCACUCUACCCCUGCCACCGAUGACAAGAAGUUGCAGUCAUCGCUGAAGAAGCUAUCGGUGAACACCAUACCCGGCAUCGAGGAGGUGAACAUCAUCAAAAACGACGGCACCGUCAUCCAUUUCAACAACCCGAAGGCGCAAGCUUCGCUGCCCACGAACACGUUCGCCAUUACCGGUCAUGGUGAGAACAAGACGAUCUCGGAGAUGCUGCCCGGCAUUCUGACACAAUUGGGUCCCCAGGACAUCAAUCAGCUGAAGAAGAUUGCGUCCGAGAUUGCUAGCAAGAGCAGCGCUGCUGGUGGUAUUGGCGCUCCCGGCAUCGCUGCCGCCGCCGCUGCUGCUGCGGAUGCUGGCGAUGAUGAUGUGCCCGAUCUGGUCGAGAACUUUGAGGAGGUGGCAAUUGCUGGUGCCAGUGCUGAGCAGGCCAAGAAAUCUGGUGAAGUUGCGGCAUCUGCCUAAGCAACAACAACACACAACAACAACACAUACACAUAAACACAAACACACACACAUACACUACAUACAUACGAAGAGAGGGAGAAACUUCUCUUUUGCUAUUGGGGGUCAUACAACAACAACAAUAACAACAAAAAUAAAGGCAUCCAAGUGAUCGCUGAGAACAGAACACACA